UUUUUUCUUUCUCUUAGUCUGAGCACCAAACAAAAUCUUUUUGCAAUGGCAAGUGACAGGGACCGUAAUGAACCAGACUAUGUACCCCCUGCACCACCAGAGAGUCUUGUUCCAAUGACUGUUACUCCUGAAGUUAUAAGCAUUGCUCAAAAGAUGAAGAAAGAUGCUGAAAAGAAGCUCAAGACUAACUUCACUACCUUCACUCCAUUGCACUAUAUAAAGGAAGGAGAAGCUGAUUAUUGUAUAAGGGUUAAGGUUGAUAAUGACCAGUUGAUAGAUGUCUCUGGUAAAUAUGUUGCUGGUUCUGUCAUGAGAGUUAAAGCAAAGCAUGUUACUGAACAUGAUCGAAUGACAAUUUGAUUUUUGACUUUUAUGUAAUUGUUAUUAUUCAGGCCUAGAAGGAUUAUUUUUUGUUCAAUAUUUUGAGAUAUUAUGCUCUGUAUGGAUGCAAAAGUAACGUUAUUACAUGAUAUACAUUCGACACACCCUUAUUAUUUAUCAAGUAGAUAUGAUGGAAAUCUACUUGUUGCUACAGCAAACUGAUUGCAUUUCAUGCUAUCAUAUAUCAUAUCUUAUCAUGCAAGGCCAUUGAGUACAGGCUAUAGGAUGUCAGCAUGUAUAGAAAGGCACUCCUGCUCAAUAAACUGUGGCAGUAUUUGGCCAGAGAUAUGUGUCAAGUAUUAUGGUAGCUCUAUGCCCACAAAUAAAGUAAUUGUUGUAUAAUACCAUAAAAAGUAUUAAUUAUAAUGAUACCAAGAGUACAUAAUAACUGAAGGUGAUGUAGAGUACAUUGAUGUGGUCACAUGCGUGGGUGUAUACAGGUGGAGUAGCUAGCCUAGAUCUACUUUCUAUCUUUCUUUCUAAGAGCACUGUUCUUAAAAAAUGAUGUCAAGCAACAGAGAGCAUCAUGAACCAGACUAUUUGCCCCCUACAACAGCAGAAGGUUUUGUUCCAAUGACUGUUACUCCUGAAGUAGUAAGCUUACUCCUGAAGUUAUGAUAAGCAUUGCUGAAAAGAUGAAGAAAGAGGCUGAAAAGAAACUCAAGACUAGCUUCACUACCUACACUCCUUUGUAUUAUAUAAGGAAAGGAGAAACUGAUUAUUGUAUAAGAGUUGAGGUUGAUAAUGGUCAGUUGAUUGAUGUCUCUGGUAAAUAUGUUGGUGGUGCUGUCAUGAGGAUUACAGCAAAGCCUGUUAACAAAACUGAUCCGAUGAAAUUUUAAUUAUUUUUACAUUUUGAUUAUUACAAGAACUAUUAUUGCUAAUACAACUAGAAACUAUCAUUUAUUUUUAUCAUUUUUAGAUGAUAAGCAUUAUUUCUAGUAAAAUGCUAUUAUUGAAAGACUGUAA